AUGGCAUCGAGGACGGUUCCACGCCGUCGACCCAAAGCCAAAGCAGGCUCAGGGAGACUCUUAGAUCCCCACCGCCAGCGCAUUACCAAGAUGUACCUUAUCGACAAGAAUCCGUUGAGUGACGUGAGGACAGCUAUUCGCCAAGAGUUCGGCGUUGAUGUCUCAGAAAAGGUCUAUAAAGACAGAGUCAGGGAAUGGAACAUCAAGCGCAAUCUAAGGAAAGACGACGUCGUGGCCCUUUUGAGGUUGUCUCGGGAGGCAGGGCCAAAUGGACACGCUGGUCAAGUUUACAUCAGAGGUCAGCCCGUCUCCUGGGUGAAAGUCGACAGUUAUUUGAAGAGAAAGAAGACUACAGAGCAUUCCCUUCUUGCAGAAAGCAGUUCAUCCGAGGUUUUACCGUCCCAUGUAGAACUACGGCUAAGUCCUGUGACAAAUCCUAGUGGUUGGACCCCAAGUUCGGCGCGUAAUGAAUUGUUGCUUGCAGCCACUCAGACCCAAUCGGCAACAGGACCUGCAGAAUUUGAGGCAACGACAGUUGAAAGUUCUUAUGAGUAUGAAGAGCUGCACGGGUGCGAAAGCACUCUUGUAUCUCCCACGAAUAGAAAUCACAAUCUCCAUACGGCCGAAUUGAACUUUGACCACGAUGAUGACUUGCCGUACCAGGGCAUGCUUAACCAAUUAGCAUAUCCUACAAGCACUGUUCAUGAGUUCGCCGGACACUUGAUUGAUCCCACAAAAUCGCCGGCUAUGCUACAUGAGUGGUUUGGCAUAUGCAGGAAAAUAUCGUCGCCGCAGCCUGGUGAAACCCGUGGCACGCCUGGUUUGAUUGCGAUGGAUGCUGUUAACAGCCCACUCUCCUUGGAACAAAAUACUCCGGAGGAGAGAGCACAUCCGCAAGAUCAUAUAUUGCAUCAUACCAAGGACGAACUUCAUGAAGAUUCACCUAUAAGCAUCGAUGAACUACCAGCUGAGGACUACCCCAAGAACUUCCUCGCGUGGUCCAUAAAUUCCUGGCUGCUUAAGAAUGAAUGUCGGCACGAUGAAUCACAAUCAGCCAUGAGAUUUGCAGCCAGUAUAUUCGGAAAGAUGAUAGCUUGUCGCCACGAAAGAUGUUUGACAAGCUUGGAGCUCCUCAUGGCACUAAUAGAGUCUCAUGGGAACCCUGACUUCGCGAAUGACCUCCUUGAAAGAUUCAAGGCUACAGCGCUAUCGAUGAGCGGUCUGCCUGAGAAGAAGUCGAUCAUUCUCAUAAUCGGAUUUAAGAUCGACAUCGUGUGCAGACUGGGAAUUAGAAAUAUGUCUUACCUGACUGCCUUAGAGCAGGUCUAUGCUGACUUUGAACAAUAUUGGGGUGCGGAGUCCCCUUCAACCUUAGUAUGCCUUUACAAUCUAGGCUGGUACCUAGCCGGCGACAGUGAUCCUGACCAACUCAAAAAAGGCGAGGAGAUUCUAAAACGAGUACAGUCAACUGCGGAGCGCAUUCUCGAACCAAACGAUCCACAAAUGAUCAUGUGUCUGACUACGCUUGCCCGGGUCCUCUAUAAUCUCAAUAGAAACUUUGAAGCGUUGGGAGUGAUGAGUAUCGCAAUAGAUCGAAUCGACAAACGGUUUUUUGACUACCAUCCAUACCGGCUCGCAGCUCUUCGGAGGUGGUCAAUGUUCAUGCAGAAGGUUGGCGGCCACGACGCUGAACCCUUUCUCCGUGAGGUCGCUACUAAGCGUCUCCGAGUCUUGGGACCCGCCAGUGGGUUGACGAAAUCAAGCAUGAAGGAGUUGAAGACAUUGCUGAUAAAACAGGGCAGAAACGACGAUGCAGAAAAUAUGCUCAGAGACCUCGUUGACGCAGCAUCUCGCUUGGAGUGUAUGGAUGACGACUGUCGCAUUUAUUAA